CUAGAGAUGGGCAAAUUUAUGAAACCCGGGAAGGUGGUUCUGGUCCUGGCCGGGCGUUAUUCAGGCCGGAAAGCUGUCAUCGUCAAGAACAUUGACGAUGGUACAUCAGACCGGCCUUACAGCCAUGCUCUGGUGGCUGGAAUUGACCGCUACCCACGCAAAGUGACAGCCAGCAUGGGCAAGAAGAAGAUUGCCAAACGUUCCAAGAUCAAGUCCUUUGUGAAAGUCUAUAAUUACAACCACCUGAUGCCCACUAGGUAUUCUGUUGAUAUUCCCCUGGACAAAACUGUUGUCAACAAGGAUGUAUUUAGGGACCCUGCACUGAAACGCAAAGCACGGCGAGAGGCGAAAGUGAAAUUUGAAGAGAGAUACAAGACAGGGAAGAACAAGUGGUUUUUCCAGAAGCUCAGAUUCUAAAUUGCUUGUAGCUGCAAAAUAAAUGC